AUGGAUGCUUUGAGGGAAAUGCCAGGGUAUGCAAAAACGAUGAAGGACCUGAUGUCGCAAAAAUUUGACUUGCAGGACCUAUCCACUAUAACUUUGACGCAGACCUGCAGCGUGGUAGUGACAAGGCCUAUGGCUCAAAAGGUGUCUGAUCCAGGUAGUUUCACCAUCCCAUGCACCAUUGGGAGUUAUGUUUUUGCUAAAGCAUUGGGUGACUUGGGAGCCAGUAUAAACUUGAUGCUUUUGGCAAUCUAUACGAAAUUGGGCAUUGGCAGAGCUAAACCAACCUCAAUGUUGCUGCAACUAGCUGAUCGCACAGUCAAAAGACCGACAUGA